CUAAUUAACACCCAUGUCGAUAUCUACUUUCUGAACCUGCUCGCAUUUGACGUUCUCCAGUCAAUUGGUGGCAUCAUAAAUGCGAAAUGGGUGGCAGAUGCCGCAAUCUCCCCAGGUCCACUCUGCGAUUCGCAAGGCAUUCUGAAGAAUGCUGGAGCUCUUGGCGGAGCUAUGUUUAUACUUGCGAUUACCAUCCAUACUGCGGCUGCCUUGCUGUGGAAAUGGAAAGUCCCUAAGUCGUUCGCCAUUCCUCUUGUCAUUACGUUAGCCAUUUGGCUUUUCAUCGCUCUUGGGAUCGGUGUCUCUUGGUCGUUAUAUCGCCAUCGACAGUAUAUCGAUAUCACCGGAAUGUGGUGCUGGAUCGGUUCCGACUUUAAAAACCAACGCCUUUUAUUCGAAUAUGCCUGGAUGUGGAUUACAGUCUUUUUCAACUUGUUGGUAUACAUUCCCCUCUACUUUUCACUGCGUGGCAAUCUCUCUGUCAGUGGUUUCCAUGUGAAAUGGACAAGUCUGUACCCUCUGGCAUACACAAUCACCGUCAUUCCGUUCAGCAUAUGUCGUUGGCGUACAUUCAAUGGAUAUAGUGUCCCGUGGGCUGCCACCGUUGUUGCGGACAUUCUAUUUUGCUCGAGCGGACUCGUAAACUCCUUGUUGUAUCCAUUGACGAGGCCGUCGCUCCUACCUGCGGGA